AUGUCGGCUGGACCUCUGGAAGAAUACACCGGCACGGCCGGUGUUGCCGAUGAGGGCGGCGACUCGCUGACGGCCGACCUGAAUGUUUACUAUGCAUCAGGCGACUUCGCCUGGAUCCUCACAUCAUCCGCCCUUGUCCUGCUCAUGGUGCCUGGCGUGGGCUUCUUCUAUAGCGGUCUUGCCCGCCGCAAGUCUGCACUCGCCUUGAUAUGGCUCUCCUUGAUGAGUAUAGCGGUCGUGGGAUUUCAGUGGUUCUUUUGGGGCUACAGUCUGGCCUUCAGCCACACAGGCAGCGCCUUCAUCGGGGACCUGUCCAACUUCGGCCUCAUGAAAGUCCUGGGUCAGCCCAGCGUGGGAAGCACCAAGAUCCCCGACUUGCUCUUCUGCUUGUACCAGGGCAUGUUCGCCGCCAUUACCCCCGCCCUCGCCAUCGGUGCCGCAGCCGAUCGCGGUCGGAUGCUGCCUUGUCUCGUAUUCAUCUUCAUCUGGGCAACCAUCGUAUAUGACCCCAUAGCUUACUGGACUUGGAACGCCAACGGCUGGUCCUUCAAGCUCGGCGGUCUCGACUUCGCCGGUGGCACGCCUGUGCAUAUUUCCUCGGGCGCUGCUGCUCUUGCCUAUUCCCUGAUGCUGGGCAGGCGUACUGGAUACAACAAGACCCACGGUCUUCCAUACCGCCCGCACAAUGUCACCCACGUCGUUCUCGGGACCGUCUUCCUAUGGGUCGGCUGGUUCGGUUUCAACGGUGGGAGUGCUCUCGGCGCGAACCUGCGUGCCGUUAUGGCCUGUAUUGUGACCCAUAUCGCGGCGUGCGUCGGUGGCUUCACCUGGUGUCUCAUGGACUACCGCCUGGAGAGGAAGUGGAGCACUGUUGGCUUCUGCAGUGGUGUCAUUGCUGGCCUUGUCGCCAUCACACCGGCCUCCGGCUUUGUGCCAGCCUGGGCGGCUGUCAUUUACGGGGUUGUUGGCGGUAUUUCCUGUAACUUGGCCACCAAGAUCAAGUUCUGGGUUGGCAUCGACGACGCGCUCGAUAUCUUCGCCGAGCACGCUGUUGGUGGCAUUGUUGGAAACCUCCUGACCGGCCUUUUUGCUGCCAACUAUAUUGCUCACCUUGAUGGAUUCUCCGAGAUCGACGGCGGCUGGCUCAACCACAACUACAUCCAGCUGGCCUACCAGCUCGCCGACUGCGUCGCUGGGUUCUCGUGGUCUUUCGUCAUCACCUGCAUCAUCCUAUUUGUGAUGAACCUGAUCCCUGGCCUCAGCCUGCGCGCCUCAGUCGAGGAAGAGGAGCUGGGGCUCGACGAUGCCCAGCUUGGCGAGUUCGCCUACGACUAUGUCGAGCUGAGCCGCACGAUGAACGACGUGCUCGGAGGCUCGACCGAAGGGCAUGCUUCCAGCCGAGGAAGUCUGAAGAAUGCACCAGUCACUCCUCCCGCCGUCAAGACCGAACUCUCUGAGAAGAUGGUAUAA